AUGAGGCUCCCCCAGCGGAGACUCAGGUGGAGCUGGUGGCAGGAAGGAACCCCUCUAACAGGCCACAUCCACGAAGCAGAAGAUUCCCAAGGCAGGAGCGCUUUGCCUGAUGGAAAUGACAGCGGAACUCAGGGCCUUUCUUUCUCUCCUGCAGACGAUGGGCCUUACUCCAAAGGAGGCAAGGACGCAGGAGGGGCUGAUGUGGCUCUGGCGUGCCGCAGGCAGAGCAUUCCAGAGGAGUUCCGAGGGGUCACCAUGGUGGAGCUGACGAAGAAGGAAGGCAGCACGCUGGGCCUGACCAUCUCGGGUGGCACCGACAAGGAUGGGAAGCCCAGGGUCUCCAACCUGAGGCCUGGGGGGCUCGCAGCCAGGAGUGACCUGCUGAAUGUGGGCGACUACAUUCGGUCAGUAAACGGGAUCCACUUGACCAGGCUCCGCCACGAUGAGAUCAUCACUCUGCUCAAGAAUGUGGGAGAGCGUGUGGUGCUGGAGGUGGAGUAUGAGCUGCCCCCGCCCGCCCCUGAGAACAACCCAGGGAUCGUUUCAAAGACAGUGGAUGUCUCCCUCUACAAGGAGGGCAAUAGCUUUGGCUUUGUCCUCAGAGGAGGUGCUCAUGAAGACGGGCACAAGUCCCGGCCGCUCGUCCUGACCUACGUGCGGCCCGGCGGCCCUGCCGACAGGGAGGGCUCCUUGAAGGUGGGGGACAGGCUACUCAGCGUUGACGGGAUACUGCUGCAUGGGGCCAGCCACGCCACUGCUCUGGCCACCCUGCGGCAGUGCAGCCACGAGGCACUCUUCCAGGUGGAGUAUGAUGUGGCCAUUCCAGACACAGUGGCCAACGCUUCAGGGCCCUUGAUAGUGGAAAUAACCAAGACACCAGGGUCCACCUUGGGGAUCUCGCUCACCACCGGCUCCCACCGGAACAAUCCAGUCAUCACCAUCGACCGCAUCAAGCCGGCCAGUGUGGUGGACAGGAGUGGGGCCCUGCAUGCCGGAGACCGCAUCCUGUCCAUCGAUGGCACCAGCACUGAACACUGCUCGCUGCUUGAAGCCACCAAGCUCCUGGCUAGCGUGUCGGAGAAAGUGCGGCUGGAGAUCCUACCUGCGCCCCAGAGUCGGCGGCCCCUGAAGCCCUCAGAGGCAGUGAAGGUGCAGAGGAGCGAGCAGCCACAUCGCUGGGACCCCUGCAUGCCCUCCUGCCACAGCCCCCGGCCUGGCCACUGCAGGACACCCACCUGGGCCACCCCUGCCAGCCAGGACCAGAGCCGAUCCUUGUCCUCAUCUCCCUUUUCCUCACCGACCAUGAACCACGCCUUUCCCUGCACCAAUCCCAGCACCCUUCCUCGCGGAUCCCAGCCCAUGAGCCCCCGGACCACAAUGGGAUGGAGGAGGCAGCGAAGAAGAGAACACAAGAGCUCAUUGUCGCUGGCCUCCAGCACCGUGGGGCCAGGCGGCCAGAUUGUGCACACAGAGACCACCGAGGUCGUGCUCUGCGGAGACCCCCUCAGCGGCUUCGGUCUCCAGCUGCAGGGAGGCAUCUUCGCCACCGAGACCCUGUCCUCCCCACCCCUCGUGCGUUUUAUUGAGCCUGACAGCCCGGCGGAGAGGUGUGGGCUGCUGCAGGUAGGGGACCGCAUCCUGGCCAUCAAUGGCGUUGCCACCGAGGACGGGACGAUGGAGGAAGCCAACCAGCUGCUGCGGGAUGCGGCGCUGGCCCACAAGGUCGUGCUGGAGGUGGAGUUUGACGUUGCCGAGUCCGUCAUCCCGAGCAGCGGCACCUUCCACGUGAAGCUGCCCAAGAGGCGUGGCGUGGAGCUGGGCAUCACCAUCAGCUCGGCCAGCAGGAAGCGAGGGGAGCCCCUGGUCAUCUCCGACAUCAAGAAAGGCAGCGUGGCGCACAGGACGGGCACCCUUGAGCCGGGUGACAAGCUGCUGGCCAUCGACAACAUCCGCCUGGACAACUGCCCCAUGGAGGACGCUGUACAAAUCCUGCGCCAGUGUGAGGACCUGGUGAAGCUGAAGAUCCGCAAGGAUGAGGACAACUCCGAUGAACAGGAGACCACAGGUGCCAUCAGCUACACGGUGGAGUUGAAACGCUACGGGGGCCCCCUGGGCAUCACCAUCUCAGGCACAGAGGAGCCUUUCGAUCCCAUUGUCAUCUCAGGACUCACCAAGCGUGGCUUGGCUGAGAGGACUGGCGCUAUCCACGUUGGGGACCGUAUCCUGGCCAUCAACAGUGUUAGCCUCAAGGGCCGGCCACUGAGUGAGGCCAUCCACCUCUUGCAGGUGGCCGGUGAGACCGUCACCCUGAAGAUCAAGAAGCAGCUAGACCGCCCCCUCCUACCCCGCAAAUCGGGCAGCCUCAGCGAAGCCAGCGAUGCGGAUGAGGACCCGCCAGAGGCGCUGAAAGGCGGCCUGCUGGCAGCCCGAUCCUCGUCCACUGUGCCCAGUGUGGACAGCGCAGUGGAGUCCUGGGGCAGCUUGGCCACUGAGGGUGGCUUUGGGGGCCCAGGUUCCUACACUCCACAGGCGGCAGCCCGGGGCGUGACCCCCCAUGAGUGGCGGUGCAGCCGGCUGAGAAGCAGUCCCCCACCCACCGAGCCCCGGAGGACGAGCUACACCCCAGCCCCUGCCAACGAGAGCUUCCCCGAGGAGGAAGAGGAAGACGACUGGGGGCCACCAGCUAGCCCCGCCCCUGGCCCCACCUGCGAGGAGGGCUUCUGGCGCAUGUUCGGGGAAGCCCUUGAAGACCUGGAGUCAUGCGGUCAGUCGGAGCUGCUGAGGGAGCUGGAGGCAUCCAUCAUGACAGGCACCGUGCAGAACGUGGCCCUCGAGGGCAGGCCUGGCCACCGGCCCUGGAGGAGGAACCAGGAGAUACGAGCUUCCCCAGAAGAAAUGCAGGAGGUGCUGCUGCCGACACCCUUGGAGAUGCACAAGGUGACACUGCACAAGGACCCUGUACGGAGUGACUUCGGUUUUAGUGUCUCAGAUGGCCUCCUGGAGAAGGGCGUCUAUGUCCACACUGUGCGCCCUGAUGGGCCAGCUCAACGUGGGGGUCUCCGGCCCUUUGACAGGGUCCUCCAGGUCAACCACGUUCACACGCGGGACCUUGACUGCUGCCUGACGGUGCCGCUUCUGGCCGAGGCGGGCGAUGUCGUGGAGCUGGUCAUCAGCCGCAACCCGCUGGCCCAGAGCAGCCGGGCCCCACGAGCACCAGGCCCCAGAGGCCCACGGAUGCUUUGAAGUCAGCACAUGGUCUGGACACGUUGGAAGAUCCUGGCGCCCACACAUACAGCCAGGCUGAAGAAGUGGCCACCCACUCGUCCAUCUGUCAUCUGGCAGGCUCUGACCAGACUCUUCUCCAUGUCUGCGGCAACAGGGGGCCGGGCCCAGUUGCAGUGAUAUUGAGGUCUUUCUCCAGUUGGACCUCCAAGAUGCCCAGUGUGGGGCCUGCCCAGUAGGGGUCAAGGCAGGCUGCUCAGCUGGGCGUACAGGGGCUGCCCCAGGUACCUCCAGAACCCCUGGGAAAAGCGUCUAGUGCGGGGACAGCUCAGCUCCACGUAAGGAGUGUUCUCCCAGAAGAGCCAUGGAGCCUGAGUGCUGUGAGGGAGGAGUGAGCGCCCUGUCUCAGGAGGUGAGCAAGG